GGCCUGGGCCUGCGGGCGACGGGGGGCCGGUCCUGCCCGGGCGGCGGCAGGAGCGGGAGGAGGAAGAAGAGGAGGAAGAAGAAGAGGAGGAGGAAGAGCCGUCACCAUGAGCUUCCUGCUGGACUCCGGCAUCAUGGUCACCUCCCAGGUGCUUUUCUUUGGGUUCGGCUGGCUCUUCUUCAUGCGCCAGCUGUUCAAGAACUAUGAGGUCCGCCAGUAUGUGGUUCAGGUGGUCUUCUCCGUGACCUUCGCCUUCUCCUGCACGAUGUUUGAACUCAUCAUCUUUGAAAUCCUGGGAGUGCUGAACAGCAGCUCCCGCUAUUUUCACUGGAAACUGAACCUGUGUGUGAUCCUGCUGAUCCUCGUCUUCAUGGUGCCUUUCUACAUCGGCUACUUCAUCGUGAGCAACAUCCGGCUGUUGCACCGUCAGCGACUGCUCUUCUCUUGGGGGCUGUGGCUCACCUUCAUGUAUUUCUUCUGGAAGCUGGGAGACCCGUUCCCCAUCCUCAGCCCCAAGCAUGGGAUCCUGUCCAUCGAGCAGCUCAUCAGCCGGGUGGGCGUGAUCGGGGUGACGCUCAUGGCUCUGCUCUCGGGCUUCGGCGCUGUCAACUGCCCCUACACCUACAUGUCCUACUUCCUCAGGAAUGUGACGGAUGCAGACAUCCUAGCCCUAGAGCGGCGCCUGCUCCAGACCCUGGACAUGAUCAUCAGCAAAAAGAAAAGGAUGGCGGCGGCCCGGCGGACCAUGUUCCAGAAGGGGGAGGAGCAGAGCAGGCCCACGGGGUUCUGGGGGAUGAUAAGGAGCGUCACGGCCUCCUCUCCGGGAAGUGAGAAUCUCAGUCUGGUCCAGCAGGAAGUGGAUGCGCUGGAGGAGCUGAGCAGACAGUUGUUCUUGGAGACAGCCGACCUGUACGCCACCAAGGAGAGAAUCGAGUACUCCAAAACCUUCAAAGGAAAGUACUUUAACUUCCUGGGCUACUUUUUCUCCAUUUACUGCGUCUGGAAGAUUUUCAUGGCCACCAUAAACAUCGUGUUUGACCGCGUGGGGAAGACCGAUCCCGUCACAAGAGGCAUCGAGAUCACAGUCAAUUACCUGGGAAUCCAGUUCGAUGUGAAAUUCUGGUCCCAGCACAUUUCCUUCAUCCUGGUUGGCAUCAUCAUCGUCACAUCCAUCCGAGGGCUACUGAUCACGCUCACCAAGUUCUUCUACGCCAUCUCCAGCAGCAAAUCCUCUAAUGUCAUCGUCCUGCUGUUGGCCCAGAUCAUGGGCAUGUACUUCGUAUCCUCGGUGCUCCUGAUCCGCAUGAGCAUGCCGCCCGCCUACCGCACCAUCAUCACCCAAGUCCUGGGAGAGCUGCAGUUCAACUUCUAUCACCGCUGGUUCGACGUCAUCUUCCUGGUCAGUGCCCUGUCCAGCAUCCUCUUCCUCUACCUGGCCCACAAGCAGGCGCCCGAGAAGCACAUGGCGCCCUAAACCCAGCCUGCCCCGCGGGCUGACCCGGGGGCUGGCUUCCCGGACAGUGGGGACGGUUUCUGGAGAGGGCUCCCGCCACCCGGGGUGGGGGCGGAGGGGCAGCGGGCCUCGCCAGGUGGGCCGGGAGGCCUAGGUGAGGCCGGCCCCCUGACCGAGCCGGGACGGGAGGCCCGGGUCGGCUGCCGCCGUCCCCGUCGGAUUGCGCGGCUCCGGCUGUACCCACACGAUUGCGUAGCCGGGGCGGGGCCCGCGCGACGGGGCGGCCGCCGCGGAGCUGCUUGACUCUGUGGCUGUCGCAGGGCCCGUCGUGUGAUUGUGCGACCGUGGUAGGGCCCGUGGAAAUGUGCAACCGCCGCACAGCUGUGCGAUUGUGUGGCCGUGGGGUGUCGGGGAAGACCGCCCCAGAGCCGUAUUAAACAUCACGGGUUUGGUGACUGCC